CCCUCCCGCCAGUCCCAACUCGCCGCCUCACCUCUACGACUUCCUCGGCGCCUCGAGUCGCUAUAAUCCAACACUCAUUUUCACUAUGGCCGACAACGACGCGCAGCAUGAGCACACCUUCGAGAGCGCCGACGCCGGUGCCUCCACCACCUACCCCAUGCAGUGCUCGGCCUUGAGGAAGAACGGCUUCGUCUGCAUCAAGAACCGCCCCUGCAAGAUCGUCGAGAUGUCCACCUCCAAGACGGGCAAGCACGGCCACGCCAAAGUCCAUCUCGUGGCCAUCGACAUCUUCACCGGCAAGAAGCUGGAGGAACUCUGCCCCUCCACCCACAACAUGGACGUCCCCAACGUCCGCCGCCAGGAAUACCAGCUUUUGGAUGUCACCGACGAUGGUUUCCUCUCCCUGAUGUCUGAUGAUGGCUCCACCAAGGACGACGUCAAGCUCCCCGAGGGCGAGGUUGGCGACAAGGUCCAUAAGCUCUUCACUGAGGAGAACAAGGAUACUAACGUUAUUGUUCUCACCGCUAUGGGCGAAGAAACCGCCAUCGAUGCCAAGGAGGCUCCCAAGUCUUAGAUGUCUGACGUUGGACUCGAGAGGCCGUCAACAGGGAGGAGUUCAGAACAGGCGUGGUUGGGACCAGUCCGAAAACGUAGGAUGGAUCUGCAUGUCCUAUGUAGACCUAUUACUUUUUGUGCUAUCUUGGCUUUCCCCAGCGCGAUGCUCUUUCCAUGCUGAUGGUGACGGAUAUUUGUGGGUUCUCACGGGGCUGGCUUGGGUUUCUUGCAUCAUUGCUAUGCUCUUCUCUCUGGAGAUACGUAGUCACGAAUCUAUAAAAACGAGGCCACGGUCCAGUGCAGGAGCAAUUGAC